UUUUCCUUUGACUUUGUCAAAUGGUGACAAAGGAAGCAGGAGUCAAGGGUUAAGCCGAGGUGACGCCGUCAGAUUUUCAGCUUCCUCAAAUUCAAGGAUUCCACCAAUCAGGUGGCCCGGAGAUCUAUUCACGAUGGAUCCCUUAUGUAAGAAACCGCAAAAGAAAACGGUGAUCUGCCACCAAGGCUUCCUGUACAACAUCAGGAUGCCGCGUGAUGAGUCAGACGCAAAUCCGGUUGUGCUCAGCAUCCCGGAGCACCAGAGGAUCCUCGCCAACGCCAGGGGUCCGAAUGCCAUUGAGAGAGAACUGGAGGCUCUGAAGGAGGUGGCUCAGAAGAAACAGGACAUAAUCAACGCUGCCCAGCAUCGGAGGAAUCAGAUCAUGCAAAAGGAUCUGUGCUCUAUGAAACUGGAGGCGGAGACCAAGAAAAAAUCUGAGAAGGAAGCUUACAAGCAAUACCAGCGCUUACGGGAAAAGACCCAGCUGGCCCAGGACACGCAGAUCAUGAAGUUGGACCGCUGGAUCCUCCACAGCAAGAUCCAGGCUGAGCGGGACAAACAGAUGAGUUGGAAGAAGCACUGCGAGGCGGUGGAGCACUCCCGAGAGAAGGCCGAGUUUGAGAGGGUGCUCAAGUGCACCAAGAUUGCCCUGGACCAGGAGGAUGAGAAGAACAAGAACCGUCAGGAGGAUGGCCGCAGGCACCUGGAGUUUAUCAAGCAGCAGGUGAGGGACCGUGAGGACCAGAUCCUACUCAAACGCCAGAAAUGGCACACCGACUACGCUCGCACCAAAGAAAACUGGAAGGAGAAGGACAAGUGGCUGGAGGAGCUGAAGCAGGAUCGGCUGGAGGAGCUCAAGGCCACCGGCGUCUCUGAAGAGUACCUCAACUACGUGACCAAGAAGACCACCGAGGACAGUGUCAACAUCAUGGAUUCCCAGUACCGCACGUACAAGACGUACGACAUCCUGCCCAGGUGGGUGACGGACGGGACCAAAGCCAUGAAGGAACACAUCAAGAGUCAGAAUGUUGAGAAGAAGUUUUAAGGUCCGAUUACGAACCAACCAGCUGAACAGCAAAAGGGAGCAUUGGCGGAACAACUGAAGAGCACCUCUUGUGGUUUUUCUUGGAUUAUAUAAUAAAUUCCUGGCAACACCAUAAUCUUGGAAUGAGGGAACUCCAAAAACAACAUGAUCUUGGGUAAAAUCCAGGACAGGUGUGAACCUGGAUUGAGGAAACUCCAGCACAAAUUCAACGAGAGCUUGGCUGCAGGAAAAUCUUGCACCAAUGUCAUCUUUUAAAUCAGAAAAUCCAGCAACAAUGUGAUUUGUAGAAUUCAGAAAGUCUGCAACAACGUGAUCUUGGAAUUUGCGAAGUUUGACGCGGUAUCGUUUGGGAUGAAAAACGUCUGGUCCCAAUAUAAAUCUU